AUGUUUCGUGCCAUUUUAGUGCUGGCUUUAAGCCAGAUUGUUUUGGGCCAUUCUGGGAAGCAGUACAGUACAUUCUAUGAUAAGGAAGAUAGCCGCGAUUUUUACAAACGCAUCGGAGCGAUUGUCCGGAACAGCUCAGCCCCUUGGAAGGCCGGCGUUUAUUCCAAGCCGCCGUCCUACUUCCAUAGCGGUUCUAUUGACUUACCACCCGAAGCUGAGGAUCUCCCCAUCGUGGCCGUCUAUGGUGACCUGCAACUUCCGCAAGCGUUUGACGCGCGCACCAGGUGGCCGCUGUGCCAAAGUAUCCGCGACAUUCGCAACCAGGGAUGCUGCGGAUCCUGUUAUGCCGUUUCCGCCGCCUCGGCUAUGACCGAUCGAUAUUGCAUCCACUCACAUAGGCACGAAACAUUCGUUUUUGCAUCCUUCGAAAUGAUUUCUUGCUGCCAAAGCUGCGGAUAUGGAUGUAAUGGCGGCUUUAUGGGUGCGAGUUGGCAGUACUGGGUCGCCCACGGGAUCUCUAGCGGUGGGCCAAUCGAUUCCCAUCAGUGUUGCCAUCCCUAUCCAGUUGACGUUUGCUCCCGCACCGGAGGCAAAACUGUUCCUACUCCUGCGUGCUCCACCAAAUGUCAACCAUACUAUAACGUUACGGAUGAUGUGUACGAUCGACGCUAUGGAUCGGUCGCCUAUCGCAUUCAUGAUUGGGAGUAUCACAUCAUGGCCGAAAUCUAUGAGAACGGACCAGUUCAGGUAGACUUCGACAUCUAUGAGGAUUUCUUUGCCUACAAGGGCGGAGUUUAUCGGCACGUUACGGGGAAAAAAGAGAACGGCCACGCCGUCAAGCUCAUCGGAUGGGGUGUAGCGAACGUCAACGGCUAUGCGGUCAAGUAUUGGCUGGCGGCUAACAGCUGGGGCCCGGAAUGGGGUGAGAGAGGGUUUUUCCGAAUUGUACGCGGCGAGAACCACUGCGGCAUCGAGAAAGGCGUUUACGCCGGACUGCCGGACUACCACAAGCAUAAACGUAUGACAGUUGAAUAA